AUGACUGUAUCAAAUAAAUGUUUAUUGAUUUUUUUCCAGGGGUUUUGUGCAGCUGAGUUUGUGUUAAAGCGCGGGUGCGGGCCUUGGUUUGCAGGGCGUGCGCGUCCUGGUGGGACUUGUAGUCCGCGGGGCGCGCGCAGCCUGAUGGGAAUUGUAGUCCUCGGGGCGCUGGCGGGCGCCUGGUGCCGGGCCCCGAACCACAGCUUCCGACAGCCUGUGCGGCCGGCCCCCGAGCCCCGGCCGGCCCCCGAGCCCCGCCCAGCCCGCGGAGAGGCCCCCGAGCUCAUGGCUGCGCUCCCGGCCUCAGCUGAAGCCCCCCGCCCGGUGCCGCCGCCCCUAGCGGCUGGAGACGGGCCAGACCGGCUGGAGGGGAAGAGCGAGGACCGCAGCAGCAGCAGCAACGCGGAGUCCUUGGACAGGCUUCUCCCACCUGUGGGGGCCGGGCGCUCGCCCCGGAAGCGCACCACCAGCCAGUGCAAGUCCGAGCCGCCCCUGCUGCGCACCAGCAAGCGCACCAUCUACACGGCAGGGCGGCCGCCCUGGUACAACGAGCACGGCACCCAGUCCAAGGAGGCCUUCGCCAUCGGCCUGGGCGGCGGCAGUGCUUCUGGGAAGACCACUGUGGCCAGAAUGAUCAUCGAGGCCCUGGACGUGCCCUGGGUGGUCUUGCUGUCCAUGGAUUCCUUCUACAAGGUGCUCACCAGGCAGCAGCAGGAGCAGGCUGCCCACAACAACUUCAACUUCGACCACCCAGAUGCCUUUGAUUUCGACCUCAUCAUCUCCACCCUCAAGAAGCUGAAGCAGGGCAAGAGUGUCAAGGUGCCCAUCUACGACUUCACCACCCACAGCCGGAAGAAGGACUGGAAAACGCUCUAUGGUGCCAACGUCAUCAUUUUCGAGGGCAUCAUGGCCUUUGCUGACAAGACACUGCUGGAGCUCCUGGACAUGAAAAUCUUCGUGGACACGGACUCUGACAUCCGCCUCGUGCGGCGGCUGCGCCGUGACAUUAGUGAGCGGGGCCGGGACAUCGAGGGUGUCAUCAAGCAGUACAACAAGUUUGUGAAGCCCGCCUUCGAUCAGUACAUCCAGCCCACCAUGCGCGUGGCGGACAUCGUGGUGCCCCGGGGGAGCGGGAACACAGUGGCCAUCGAUCUGAUCGUGCAGCACGUGCACAGCCAGCUGGAAGAGCGUGAGCUCAGUGUCAGGGCCGCGCUGGCCUCAGCACACCAGUGCCACCCCCUGCCCCGGACGCUGAGUGUCCUCAAGAGCACGCCGCAGGUGCGGGGCAUGCACACCAUCAUCAGGGACCGGGAGACCAGCCGCGACGAGUUCAUCUUCUACUCUAAGAGGCUGAUGCGGCUGCUCAUCGAGCACGCGCUCUCCUUCCUGCCCUUCCAGGACUGCGUCGUGCAGACCCCGCAGGGCCAGGACUACUCGGGCAAGUGCUACGCGGGGAAGCAGAUCACAGGCGUGUCCAUCCUGCGGGCCGGUGAGACCAUGGAGCCUGCGCUGCGGGCCGUGUGCAAGGACGUGCGCAUCGGCACGAUCCUCAUCCAGACCAACCAGCUCACCGGGGAGCCCGAGCUCCACUACCUGCGGCUCCCCAAGGACAUCAGUGACGACCACGUGAUCCUGAUGGACUGCACAGUGUCCACUGGCGCGGCGGCCAUGAUGGCGGUGCGGGUGCUGCUGGACCACGACGUGCCCGAGGACAAGAUCUUCCUGCUGUCGCUGCUCAUGGCGGAGAUGGGCGUCCACUCGGUGGCCUAUGCCUUCCCGCGCGUGAGAAUCAUCACCACGGCGGUGGACAAGCGCGUCAACGAUCUCUUCCGCAUCAUCCCCGGCAUAGGGAACUUCGGCGACCGCUACUUCGGGACCGACGCCGUCCCCGAUGGCAGCGAUGAGGAGGAAGGGGGCUCUGCGGGGUAGCCGCCCUCCCUGCCCCCAACCCCUCCUGCUUCCCCGGGGCUUACAGGGUAGAGAUGUUAACUUAUUUUAAUUAAAACACGUGUUACCGGUGUACC